UCUGGCACUUUCACAACAUUAGAGUAUGUUGUUCUGUCACAGGUGUUACACUAUUAUCUGUGACCCCUCAUAUUCUGUGACCCAGGAAAUCUUUGGGGACCGAUGUAGAAGAAGAAGACAUAACUCCGGGUCACGUGAUUUGGGUCGAGCAUCUUUUUUUUUGGUCCAUUUUGGAAGAUAGCAAGAAGAAGAGCUCCUCCGGUGCGACAACCAACAACCACCAAGAAGAAAACAUGACCAAACUGCAGUUCCUAAACGUCUUCCUGACUGAGCGGCUCAUGCUCGCAGCGCAGGAGAUCUACAAGUCUGUGGAGGACACGAUCCUGGAGUACCAGGAGGAGAUAGCGAUCCGGGAGCGGGAGAACGACCAUCUGAGACGGAGGCUGCGAGACGCGGGGAUCGAGAUAUGGCCAGAUCGUCCGUCCAUGGCGCUGUUGGAUGAGGAGGAUGGCGAGCAUCCACGCCGUGAGUGGAGUCCCAGCAUGGGGCAUGAAGAGCGCAUCCCUAUUCAGAUUAAGGAUAAAAGAGAUCUCCGGGCCAACCAGGGAGACGAUCAGCUCCGCGGCCAUGGCUCUUGCAGCACACCAGAGAACAUGUUCACUCCCCCGCGCGUUGGAAAUGAAUAUCCCCAGGAAGCCCCCCACACGUCCAACCUCCCCCAGAGUCAAGGUGUGGAGAACAGAGAGAGGGAUCCUGCAUCGCGAGGCUCCUCGAGGCAUGUGAAGGUGGAGAGUGGAGGAGGCCACAGAGGCUCUACUUCCUCCAACAGCGGCGCCCAGCCACUCGCACCAGUCAACCCAAACUGCUCAAAUGAGAACAACAUUGACAUUAUCGGGGUGGAGAACGGAGGACAGAUGGUUGGUGCUAAGGGAAAUGGAACUGGAGCUAACAGAGGACAGACCUCUCACAUGCGUAACCAAGCAGCCAAUGCCGUGGACUGCCCUAAUCAAAAAUCCCCCCUACAAGGCCACAUGUCUUCCUUUUGCUGCAAGGUUUGUGGCGAGGCGUUUAGUCACGUCGGCCACCUGCACGUGCACGUACAAGUGCAUACUCGAGAAAAACCGUACCGCUGUGGAGUAUGCGGGAAAUGCUGCAGCUCCUCCGGCAGACUCCAGGAGCACCAACGUAGCCACACGGGAGAAAAACCAUUUCGCUGCCAAAUUUGUGGAAAGGGCUUCACUCAGAUGGCUCACUUGAAGGUACACAUGAGGAUCCAUACUGGGGAGAAGCCAUACAGUUGCCCUGUUUGUGGCAAAUGCUUCAGCCGCUCUGACAAAAUCAAAAGGCAUCUCCAGACCCAUAGCCGCGAGGGAACAUAUUUCUCAGGGCAAUGAUGCAAGUGUCAACAACCCAGUUUGUGAAUCAUGUUGAUGAGGGAAACUUUCCUACAAAAAGCUAAAAUCGCUGCCAUUAAAACAAGGCUUUUUUUCUUCCUACUUUCCAAGAACUAGGGAUUCUGCAACUCUUAGAGAAAGUUUCUUAUCUAACCUAACACUUCUCCACGCCAUAGUCCCUCAAUAGAAUUUGUAUUAGCCAGUUUAGUAUGUCAUUUACUUAAUUUUGUACUUGUCACUGAGUAUUAAAUCUCAAAGACACAAUUUGAGUUAUUAGCUAGCCUUUCUGAAUUAUCUAGCCUUUUCUUAGUCAUAUAAUUAGCAUGAUGAAGUCUUCCACACAUGCCUUGAAACUGAGAUGCAUUAAGAAAUGCAACAAUGUUCAACACGGUCACGGCUUUUUAUCAACCAGUCACUUCAUAUCCAUCAGUUUACACUUGAGUUUAAAAUCUGCAGACUUGACAUCUAUCGUAUGAUCAUUAUUUUAGGAACUAAAAUUACGAGGCAGUGCAUGAAAUGAUCUCCAUUUUCUCAAUUAAUUGGAGAAUUGAUGGCAUGACAAAUGAAGCCUGUGUGUCAUCUGCCAGUAACACUGCCAGUUUUGUAUGUAGCAAUUAAACGAUGACACAAUUUAGAUGAACAAAAAGCCACUGAAAUGUGCCCGUAUACUGUGGGCUUAACAAGGAGAAGUCUGACCCAGCACUUAUCUCCAUUUUAGUCUUUAUUUUAACAUCUUUUUUCUUCUUAGUGCUGUUACAUUGUUGCAGAGCUAAAUACUGCCAUCUCACAUCGUCAGUGCUUCAUGUCGUCCAUUGAAAUAUGGAUCAAUCUAUUGUGAGACUGCUCCACUAUUUUGUGAAAUAAUGUGAUAUUCUGUAAAAACCACUAGUCUCGAUCUACCAUUACUUUUGCAAUUCUGUGGUGUCUUUUUUUUAAUGACAUGCACUAUGGCAUCUUUCUAAAGAUGGUGCAGAAAUUCACUCUAUAAUAGGGCCGUACAGUAUUAGCUGAACCUCUCUGUGGUUUUUCAGGGGUCUCAGUCUGCAAAGAUUCAUGUUCACCUGUGUUUCCACCACAAUUGUCAUUCACAUGUGAGGUAUUUUUGGAGUGGCCUCCGUUGUGGUUGAUUUUCAGAGGUGAUGGUUGUUUUUUCAUGGAAUCAGGUACUUCCUCUGCCCAUCUUGGACUGACCCCCUGAACAGUACAGUCACCUUUCUCCUCUCAGGACUAAUGCUGCAUUCAUAACAUGAGGGCAUACACCAGAAAUGCUAACGUCUGACUUGAAACAGCUAUUAUUAAGUCAGAAACUCAGGGUUUGAGAGUUUUCUCAUGCAAUUUGUCCCUGCUUGUAGCAGAAAUAAACACAACAAUAACAAUUCAAAACAUGGAAAUAACAAUUUGCGCCUGAGCGUCCUGUAACAACUAAAUAAAAUAUACCUUCAGAGUGUGUCAGAGCUCAGUUGUUGCUCUGGGAUGCACACCAGCGAACCCUCCAAUACGUGAUGAAUGCAGCAUGAGACAACGACAGCACGUCCUCACAGUUGACCAGCAGCCCUUCACUCACAGUCUUCUCUGGGACACCUUUGCUCCCACUGCACACACACACUCUAAUGUACAGUGUUGUACCAUUGCGUAUUAAAUGUUAUUUUUUAAUAAAGUAGUAAUUGAGUAUC